CGCGCUGGGACAAGAGCAAAUUAGUUUGGCUUCGUACCUACAUUUUCGCAAAUACGGGGAAAACAAAUCUUGAAAUUUGAUUUGGACUCUGCAAAUAUUAGCGACAACUGCUUUAUCUUCUGCAACACAUUCGAAGCUACAUUGGACCGAAGUCGACCGCAUACGAUGCCCGCCCCGACAGCGGUCAAGCCCACAGCGGCCAUCGAAGAUGGCGCAGCCGUCACCCAUGUUGCCGAAGGCGGCAGCAUGGCGGCCGAGGCUGACCAGGCCGAGGAAUUUAUGCUGGACACGACGGAUCAGACGCUGCCGGCUGCUGGCGACAUCGCUGCCCCUACCGAAGAGAACACAGAGAUGGCGGUCGAUGAGGAGUCGAGGCCAAAGUUCGCUGCGGCAAAGGACGACGGGCCGUCGGUCAUGAAGGAGACCAGGAAGGUGCCCAUCCCGCCGCAUCGGAUGACGCCACUCAAGAAGGACUGGACGCAGAUAUAUGAGGCGCUGGUUGAGCACUUGAAGCUGCAGGUGCGCGUGAACACGAGGACAAAGGCCGUCGAACUGAGGACGUCAGAGCACACAACCGAAGCUGGAUCACUACAGAAAGGAGAGGACUUUGUAAAGGCAUACACUCUGGGUUUCGAAGUCCAGGAUGCUAUUGCCCUGAUCAGGGUACCAGAGUUGUAUAUUCAAACCUUUGAAAUCAAGGAUGUCAAAUCUCUGACCGGCGACCAUUUGGCUCGUGGUGUUGGUCGUAUUGCUGGCAAGGACGGAAAGACAAAGUUUGCAAUCGAGAAUGCGUCUCGCACACGUAUCGUGCUGGCAGACAGCAAGAUCCACAUUCUCGGUAGCUUCAGAAACGUUAGGAUGGCUCAGGAGAGCAUUGUGGACCUGAUUCUUGGCAAGCCCCCAAGCAAAGUCUACGGCAACCUCAGGACCAUCAGCGCUCGGCAAAAGGAGAGGUUCUGAGCUUGGUAAAGGCAUGUCUGGUAUGCAUGGAAUGACGGAGUAUAUGGCGUUUCGGUUUCGGUAAUGAUGUUUUUUUUUGUGGGUUUGGGCGUAAUAUUAUCUAUCUACAGACAAUCGACACAUCAAAAUAUUCGAGUUCAUCUUUCGUCAGGACUUGCGAUCAAAUGUGCAGAUGAGAUGCGCAUGUAUUUUCUGAUCAUCGUAUUUGGGUAUCAUUUCGUUAAAACAUUUUCUGGCGCCAAACACAUGGUAAAUAUGGCUAAUCAUACCGCCAGAUGCAUCAUUCGUUCCGUCAUUUGAUGAGCACAUCGACAACGUCCUUGUCUUCAAUCCCCGCAUCCCCAACCGUGUCACCCUCGGCGAGCUUGUCUCCGUCAAACAUGAUGAUGACCUCCUUGUCGGCAGGAAUCUUGCGUACAUUGCGAAAGGCGGCAACAAGCUCACUAAUACCCGUAUCAGCCCUCGCUGAUGCCUUGACCUGCUCAAGGUUUUUGGCUUUCAGGAAGAUGCGAAUCUUUUCAGAACUCCUGCCAUCUUGCACUUGGGCCUCGUCCUGCCCAUCGAUGGUAGGAUUUCGGCCGAUUUCGCCCUCGUCGUCGGAUAUCGUCUGGUACAGAUCUUUUUGCCGUUGCCUUUCCAGCUGCUGCAUCCACUCGGCGUAGAUCUCCUCGGUGAACAACUCAAAAUGGAGCUGGCCGUCGACCGUCACGCCGUCGUUUACAUUUCCUGGACCCGUUUUUGAAAAGCAGCCGUGUGCGUCCGGUACUACGCCAAGCGACAUGAGCGUAGAGGAGCUAUACAGCCGGCUGUCCUUCCACACCAGGAACGCUCCCUUUUCCUCCUCGUCGGUCAGUGGCCGGCCUCUGGAAGCCGAGAACGCCACGGCCGUGUCCCGGAGUAGUUUGAUAGGUUUGCGCAUCACCGUGUUGAAGACCACUGGCUUCAUCUGGGGCGGAGGAAGCCUUGACGUCACAAAGAUCUGGAUGGUCCGUUCCUCGAUUGGCUUUGUGCCACUGGCCGAUUCGGCCGCCGAGCGGGCGGCUUUUUGGUUUUCCCGACGCUCCCGUGCGGCCACGACAAAGUGCGCAAACUCAUUGUCGUCGUCAUCCGGGCCGUCGGUAGCUGGCGCGACUUCUUCGAGAUCAUCGUCUAUUUCUAUCGGGGUUGUAUUGUUUGCCUGCUGCUCCGUGCGAGUCGGCGACCCUACGGGAUCCUUGGUCCCCGCUGGCGGCUUCCUGCUAGCCGUGGGUCUGGGGACAUAAUCGUCAUCCGAGUCAGAUAUAACCAUGGAGCUGCUCGGUGCUGGUCUCGCAGGUGCACGUCUCGAUGGUGUUGCGCUGGUGGGGGAGGCGGUUGCUUUGCUCUUGCCCAAGUCGCGCUGGCCGG